UAAUUAGUUCGGGAUUGGGGUUCUAUAAAUGAUAGGACAGGGAAAUGAGAAAGAGAAAGGAAGAAUGACUCGUUUACGUUGUUAUCGACAGUUUAUUUUAUUCAUUCUAAGUUGUAUCAGCUUAGGUGCAAGUGAAAGAAUAAGUAGUAAAACGUAUGUGAUAGUGUCUGGAAAUGUAGCUUGUAUACGAAGACUUAACGGAACUCAUCAAGUUGGAUGUAGCUCUGAAAUAAAUGGUAAUGUUGGUGUUCUUCAUUAUAUAAACGACACAGACUCGUUAAACUGGCUGAUAAACAGUGGUCCUCACCAACCAUAUGUAGCCUUGCUUACCUCCCUGAAUUUUAACAGGGAUACAGUCCAACAGUUGAGGAAUUCAAAGAAAAUAACAGGGAUAAUUGUGAUUCACACUGAUGACUCUGCUACAACACCUCUUCCAGACAGCUUUUCUCCAGCAGAUAAAUGUCCAGGGGAUUUAUAUGGCCUAUAUCACAAUAAUCAAGAGUAUGGAAAUUGUAAGAAGGUGACUUGGAACGAGGAUGGAAAUGGGAUGUUUUUCGAGGAUUUUGAGUUCCCAAUUUCCAUUGUGACAAAUAAAAAUGAAACUGACUACCUCAUCAAUAAUUGCUAUUUGAAGUUUAAUCAGCCAACACAGGGAGUGCCCAGGGAGUAUCCUCUCUGUGCAGUACAGAUGAAAUCCAGAAUGGCCGCUGCCAAGGAUUCAGAGACCUGUAUCCGACGGACAAACACACCUACAAACCUCAAUCCGGACAAGUACUGUGAUGCCCUAGGGGACAAGAAUGUUAUCGGAUUUUUUAAAGAUGUUCCAGAAGACUACAAACCAGAGAAGAAAUCAAUUAUUUUGGCAAUGGCAAGGAUGGAUUCAUACAGUUUGUUUGAGAAUAUUUACCCCAGUGCAGACAACCAAGUCAGUGGAAUUGUUGCUCUUUUAGCUGCUGCUGAAGCACUCCGAAAAUAUAAAGAUCACUUUGACAACACCACUAAAGACAUCCUAUUUACAUUCCUAAAUGGAGAAGCCUUUGAUUACAUCGGCUCUACCAGGAUGCUCUAUGAUAUGGAUAAGGGUGCUCUACCACUAAAGCUGAAAAUGGACCAUAUAGACCGCAUCGUGGAAGUAAACCAGUUAGCUUACAGAGAGGAGGGACGGAUCUGGAUCCACGCUGAUCCAGUCAGUAGGAAUGACCCCAAUAUAUCCUCGGAGAUAGAUGACAUGAUAUCAACUAUCCUGGACAUUGGGAAAAACCUGUCAGACAUUGUGGGAGCUGUCAAUCAAACUCAGCCCCUCCCCCCAGCCUCCACCCAGAAGUUCCUACAGAAGACUCCGGUCCCAGCUCUAGUUCUGACUGACCACAAGAAAACUUAUACUAACAAAUAUUACAACAGCCGAUUUGACCUGGCCAAAACCAUCAGUGCAAUGGUAAACGCUUCUGACAGUGGGUACAACCAUGUGACGGAUCAGGCCAGUAAUUUGACAGUAGCAGCCACCCUAUUGGCCAGGUCCCUGUACACCCUGGCCACUGGAUCCCCCGCCCCAGAGGGUCUCAUGGCCGAGCAACAAAGUGUCACACACAUGCUCUACUGUUUCCUGAUCAGCCCUAACUGUGAUUUGUUCAAACAAGUCAUUCCACCCGCCAGAGAAGCUUUUGAUGAUUUGGCCUCUCAGAAGUCUCCUUAUCCAUUCUACGUCAGUGUGUACGGCCAGAUAAACAAUGUUACCAGAAUCAUACAGCGACUGUUGACCCACUACAUAGGGACUGUUGAAAAGAACCACACUGAAUCUUGUACCAGUUCUGAGAAAGCUUCUCUUCAGUUAUAUAACUACCUGUGGAUGGCUGGACCACUGAACUCUGACAACAAGACUAGGACUGUCACCUGUGUCAAGAGUCGGGUCACGCAAACCAAGGCUUACUCACCCGCAUUUGAGAUCACUGACUACAAUGGCUGGGGAGGAUUCCAGUAUUCCACAUGGACUGAGUCCAGCUGGGCAACCAAUGCCCUUCUCCUGAGAGUCUUCUUAAUUCCAAGCAAAGCUAUGGAGACUUCCAUUUUGUCAGGGGGAGUAAUCCUGACUUUGGUUUCCAUGGUGCUGAUCUAUUUUCUGAACAAAAAGGCGGACAUCUUGUUUGCCCACCCAAGACCAAGCAGUCUCUAAGGGAGCCAUCCUCUGCCUCCCAGGAUUGUGGUGCUGUGAUAAUGACCAUGUUUCAAAUCAAUUUGUAUCAAUAAUCUAUGUAGUCUCUAAACAUUAACAACCUAUAUAUGUACGAGUUUUUUGGCAUUGUAUGUAAAUAUUGUAAAUGUACUUGUUCAACAGUAGUCCCACCAUUUUGAGAUUCUAGAAAUGUCCUUAAUUAACAUUCUUAGUUCAAACAUGUGCCUGCAUCUUUUUCAUGAAAAUGAUGUUUUUUGAAGGGGGUCCUCCAAAAAAAGACAAGCAUUGUUUUCACAAAACACCAGCAGUUGUGCAUACCUACCAUUCCUAGUCGGCAGUUAAUUUAGCGUAAUGCAAGUAGGAGUACUUGUAAAUUAUGAGAUUCCUUCAUUGAAUACAAGUCCUACUCUGAAUUUGGUACAAAGUUACAUUUUUUCCCCUGAACUUGUUUCUUUUGUCCAUCAUGUGAUGUCUUUUUCUCUCAUGAGUAUGUUUCUUUUUCUGUUGAAGAAAAUUCACUGAUCAUGAAUAUAUUUGUACAUAGUAAUUGAUGCUUAUAUGUAUUUGAGAAUGGAGUUGUGUGUGAGAGUUUACAACUUUUGGCAGUAUGUGUGAACCGUAUUGUUAAUGUACAUAUAUGUAUGCCUAUAUCUGCUGUGGAAGGGUGGGAUGCAAGAGUGAGGCUUCAUAUCCUGUAAAGAAUGAGUCAUUUUAUAUUUUAUCUGAAUGGAAGUCUAUGGAGAGUCAUUUGUUGUAAUGAUCAAUGUACAAAUUCUUUUAUUUUACUUGUAUUUAUGAUGUGUGUUUGACGGGAAUACUAGAGAUAGUUUGUAAUGUUCAUAACACAUUUAAUGCUUUAUAGAGGAACAGACAUUCUUUGUCAUUUUUAUCGUUAUAAAUAAUAAUCCACCUUUGAAUUUCAGAUCAUUUACAUAUAUGAUUUUCUUUAGUAUGGUAAUUUAAAAAAAAUGAAAGAAUCAUUAUACAACUGUGCUGUUUGUUGUAAAAUUUAUUUAAAUAUAAAAGUACAACAUUCCAACAA